GCGCAGAAAGACGGCGCAGCCGCGCAGCUCGGCCGCCAGCAGCGAGAAGCGAGCCGGGCGGGCUGGGAGGGCUUGGCAAUGCGAUCUGAUGCGGGCUACCGCCUCAAGCUACAGCUCCACCGGCGGACUGACACUUAACAGCAGACGCUGACUUCUGCUCGUCACCAACCGCCCGGUCGUCGUGGGGAAAGGGAGGCGCGGAGGCUGAGCGCUCCAUCUUUGAGGUGUAUUUCCAGUCUGACAUGAUGUCAGCACAAACUCCUCCUCUCUCCCGCUCUGGCUCCUCCCCAUCAACGGGGGGUCUCGCGAACCGCAACGGACCCUCUGCAACCCCUCCCACCUCUCUGAGUCUUCGCUCGUCAUACAACCAGCUGCUUGGACGCGAUGUCAUCAAGGAGUCCAUGGAAACAGGAAGUUCGGCCACCUUGCCAAAGAGCCGUCAGAGGUACGCCAUGACCAGCGUGCGGAGCGCCAUGGGGAUAAGUGACAACCUGGCUUUGUCUUCUAAAUACCAACCUGUAACCAGAGGUAGAGGCCUCCCAACCAAGUCCUCCUCUAGUUCUGCCCUCUACUCCUCCUCUUUCACCUCAUCCUCCUCCAUCUCCAACUCAACCAACCCCAAACUGGCCAAGAAUGGAGCCAACAUGCAGAGACGGGCGGAGAGCCAGCAGCUGGAGCUGAGCAGAGCCAAUACAGUGGACAAAAUUCACAACGAUCUCCUCAAUAACCCUGCUUCUGACUGGCUAGAGUUUGGAAAGGACAACUCACAGUUGCCUCCAUUUCGCAGAAGGACCAAGAGCUUCUUGGACUACCAUGGCAAGGGUUGGGAUCUGGACCCUAGCUGUGAAAAGAAAGAGGAGGAGAAGCAGCAGCAUAAGCCCUCCUCAGAGAAGAAGCAGGACAGUCCAGCUAAAGAGAGAGAGAGCCAGAAGGAGAAGGACAGCAGCAAGCAGAACUGCAAUGAGGAGAAGGAAGAUGUGGAGCCUGUGGUAGAGGAUGAGGAAGAUGAGCCCACACCAACACCAAGACAACCCCUGUUACCAGUGGUGGUUGAAGCUCCUCUUUCCUCCACCUCCUCUUCUUCUACUAACAGCCCAGAGUGGGUAUCAGACAACCACCUCCAGAACCAAGGUCCAGCACCAAUCAGGGAGGAGCUAAGCACCGAAGUUCACGCGAGUCCACGUAGUCCUGCAAAGCCCGGCCGAAGCGCCCAGCCUCGGGUCAUCAAAGUGGAGCUGCACCCCAACAACGAGAACCAGUUCCUGCAGCAGUACCCACCGUUCUCCCCCAAACAGACAAGAGCUGCUGAACGAAACACCCCAGGUAGAAACAACGGCCCCCCCACCCAGCCAGAUCCAGAGCGUGGUGCCCCUAAAGUGGGAUUGAGGAUGGAGCUGACUCCCGACACUCCUUCAGAGGACGAAGACUCCAGCUGGACCACCCUGUCUCAAGAGUCCUCGUCUCCACAGUCUCCACGGGACACAGCAGAUGUGUGGGUAGAAGGAGACCUGCCCCCAGGCUGGCGGGAGAUCUCAGACUCAUCAGAAGUCUAUUUCUGGCACGUUCCUACUGGCACCACGCAGUACGACCGGCCUGUCGCCUCCGGAAACCAACAAACCGCCUCCGGCAGUGAACCAGAUCCCGAUCCUGACCCACUAAAAGUUACUCAGGAGUCUCUGAAGCUGCCGAACGAGUCAUCCCUUUGUCCCCUCCAGCGCCCCAGCAGCUUGAUAUCUGACAGCUCGGUGGAGCCAGUCCCCUCCCCCUAUGCUUCCUCCCUCUCCUCUUCCUCCUCUACACCCUCUAAAGUUAUCCCUUCCCCUGGUCAAAGCCUCAGCGCCAACACCUCCUGCACUGCCCAAGAGCUGAAGGAUUAUCCAGUGUAUCCAGACCCCAGUCUGAAGGCGUUUGAAGGAGCUACCCUCCGAUACGCCUCUCUGAAGCUCAAUCCUCCAGCUCAGUUAGAGACUGUGGACCUCAACAGCACAUUUUCUGACCCAGAAGCGAUGUCGUUUCCAGUUCGAUCUCUGGGUUGGGUGGAGAUGGCGGAGAGGGACCUGUGUGAGGGGAGAAGCAGUGUGGCGGUGCACCACUGUAUCAGACAGCUGUCCUACUGCAGGAGGGACAUCAGAGACUCAGCCGGGGUCUGGGGAGAGGGUAAAGGUAUGCUUUUAGUGCUUCAGGAUCGCAUGUUGACCCUGGUUGACCCAGAUGACCUCAGCUUGCUCCACUCUCAGCCAAUCAGCAGCAUCCGUGUGUGGGGCGUUGGUCGCGACCACGACAGGGACUUUGCCUAUGUGGCCAGAGACAAAAACACUCGGGUGCUGAAGUGCCACGUGUUUCGAUGUGAUACUCCUGCUGCCGCCAUCGCCACAAGUCUCCACGAAAUCUGUUCCAAGAUUAUGGCUGAAAGAAAAAGUGCUAAGGCUGUAGCUGGCAGCUCCUCCCAGAACGGCUCUGAUGUACCUCUACAAGAGUUUCCCAUGCCAAAGACUGAACUGGUGCAGAAGUUCCACGUGCUGUAUCUGGGAGAGACAUCCGUCUCUCGCCCCAUAGGUAUGGACAUCAUAAAUGGGGCCAUAGAAAAUCUCUUGGCCUCCACAGGUAAAGAGGACUGGACUCCUGUCGUACUGAGCAUCGCUGACACCACAGUGGCCGUCAUCAAAGAAAAGGAGGAAGAGGAGGAGGUGCUGGUGGAGUGCCGGGUUCGUUUCCUGUCCUUUAUGGGCGUGGGACGGGACGUGCAUACGUUCGCCUUCAUUAUGGACACCGGGAACCAGCAUUUCCAGUGUCAUGUGUUCUGGUGUGACCCUAACGCAGGCCUAGUCUCAGAAGCUGUGCAGGCGGCUUGUAUGCUCCGGUACCAGAAGUGUUUGGUGGCACGGCCGCCCUCUCAGCGUGCCGGCUCGUCCUCGUCUCCCUCUGCGGACUCAGUAACCCGCCGGGUCACCACCAGCGUAAAACGCAGCGUCCAGUCUCUCAUAGACACUUUGAAACCCAAGAAACAGCCAUCUGAACUUCCCCAGCAAUGACCACUGACUGACUGCACCGCACUCUACACCGUCACCACUACGACACUUAACCAGUACCAGCCAUGGUACCAGCCAUGUAUAUAGAAUAUACCAAACAUCACCACUGAUCAAGAAAUGCCUGAUGAUGCUUAAAGAAUUAAGGGAAAGCGGGAAUCAGUGGUCGACCUUUGACCCUUGAAUGCCGGUUUGUCCAAGCGGAUCUUUACACUAGAUGGAAUACUACUUAGAAGAUCCAGAAGGAACACGCCUCUCAAACUGGUUAUCGAGCAAGUUACCAGGUUCAUCUCCAUUUUUCCUCCCAGACUGGAUGAGCUGCAGCAGACUUCCAGGACAAAGAAAGAAAGGAGGUUUUCACUGUUAUGAGAAAUUUCACAAGUGAAUGACUUGACUCGUGCAAAACCGAACGCGAGUACCAACAACAGCCUGCAGCUGCUCCACUAAAGACUUCAGAUGUUUUGAAGCCUUCAUUGUGACACGAGACAAAAGCUUCUUUUAAGACGAGUGAAGUCAUUGUAAUAAUGAAUUGUAUGUAAAUGAUUGUAUGAAGAGAAAAAACAGAGCACAAGUUUUGUAGAUACAGACUGGUGGCGAGAUCUGAUUAGUGGGGUUUGCUUUUGCAUGUUUUCCUGAUAGGAGGGGUUGUGAUUAACGCCGAUUAGUUCUUGGUGAGCAGACGAGAAGAUGCGAGCUCUCAGAAGGACUCAUUUUCACUCAUCCAUGACUAGAUUUACACGGGCACACGAACAAUGCCCAACCGUGUUCCCGACUCAUGACCAAGUGGAAAAGAACGGCCGAGUGUGGAAAAUAUUAAUGAUGGUUACUGGUUCAUUCUUAUUUUAGUCGAGAAGUAAACAAUAGUUUUUAAUGCAUUUUGAUGCUUAAGAUUGUAAUUUAUUUUUUAAGGUAGGGGUAAAAAAAAAAGACUUUUAAAGCUGAAGAAUGUCGAGAUGCUUCUGUCUAAACUUGAUAAAUUCCUCAGGAGUUUUUAUGCAGAUACCCAGGAUUGCAAGAGAUGCAAGGAAUUCCAAACCCAGGCGGGUAGAAGUGAAGCGCCUGUGGCCAAAAUGCUCAACAGCACCAUAAGUGGCCAGGAAAAGAACGAGUGUGAGGAUUCUGUGUUUUCUCAUCCUCAGAAAGCCCAACCUGUGUACUCUCACUCACAAUAAUAAUCCACGUCCAAACCCACAAAGAAACACGAAUAGCAGUCAGAUGAAGAAAAAAACAAGAAUGCUGUUAAAAGUUUUGACAAAGCUCCUACAGCUGGAGCCUCCACCUGCACUCGGCGUCAACUCUGUGGAUGCGGUUAAUUCAAAGUGAACUUUUAACAAAGCGAUGCGAAACUUCUCAUUUCUGUUUGUCACCCAUCUCUUCACCAUGUAAAUGUAAUCUGUUGUGACAAUAAAUGCAUUGCCAAAAAGGGUCUGCA